AUGGCGUGCGAUAACUGUCGCCGUCGCAAGGUGAAAUGCAAUCGCACCCAGCCCUGCUCGAAAUGCAUCGAGGUCAACCUGCAAUGCGGUUAUCACACCGUACCUCGACGUAAAGGCCCCAAAGGCCGGACGGCGCGGGUGUUGAGUGCACUGCCGUCCCUUGCCGUCUACAAUGAGCGUCCUAGUUUAUCAUCUUCGUCGUCGUCGCCAGCAACGACCUGUGUCACCCCUCCGAUGAGCUGCGAUGUGCCUCCUUCGCUGCCCUGCCCGCCGCAGAGGGUAUCAUCUACGGUUCUUCUCGCCCAUGUCAAUGUCUUCUUAAAGCACUUGUACCCCAUCAUGCCUGUCUUCGAUUCCAAUCAGGUUGUGGAGGACUGUGGUCACGUAGAGUCCCUGUCGCCACCGCGAUACGCCUUCUUGCUGGCCCUUUGCGCCGCAACACAUCUACAGCUGAAUCUAGACGCCACGCAGGGAGAUAGUGGGCUCCGUUCCAGUGAAUACGGGGAGGUACUUGUCACUGAGGCCUUACGCACGCUCCGGGACUUUGAUCCUAUCGAACAUCUUCAAAUAGACACUGUCCUCUCGUCCUUCUUUCUCUUUGCCGCGUAUGGAAACAUGGACCGACAGAGCCAUGCUUGGUACUACUUGAGUCAGAGCAUUUCAUAUGCAUAUGCACUCGAUUUGCACCGGGAGCAGACCUAUGCUUCGCUGUCUCAUGCUGAGGCCGAACUGAGGCGACGAGUCUUCUGGUUGCUUUUCAUUACAGAACGAGCAUAUGCCUUGCAGCGCAAAAAGCCUGUCAUGCUGCAUGGUAGCAUCCGUAAACCAUCCAUCUUCACAUCAUCCGCGCCCGCACUACUCUACGGAUUUGUGAACUUGAUAUCCGUAUUUGAGAAGUUGACACCAGAGUUUUAUAACUGGAAUGCUUGUGACAGCGACGAUUCAAUAGACACUUAUGCACUUUCCAAAAUUUACCAAUCCAUCGCCUGUCCCUUACCGCCCUUGACCGAGAUCCCUGAAAUUCAGCAAGUCGACCUCGUCGUCACCCAACAAUGGCUUCAAACCCGCUUGUGGCAGACUGCCAUCGACCACGCUUCCAAAUGCGGGGAUAUCCUGCCCCUGCAGGCUCCUGCGGCCGCAGGAAGGGCCGUGAUGGGCUUCCUAGCGUCAGUAUCGCACGAAUCUACGGAUGCGCAUGGAAUUGGGAUCGAACAAAAACUGUACGAUCUCGGAACUUCUCUGGUGCAUCUUUCUCAACGUUCGCUCCAGCGUGUUGCCGCCGCACAGGUAAACUACAUGGCAGCAAAUGUGGCGGAAGUGUUAUCCGCUAUCCUCACAUCCCUGGUGAGGAUUCGAGGGGCACAAUCGUAUUUGUUUGCUUCGCUCCUGCACAAGUCGGAGAGUAUCCUGGGAUUAGAUGCCGUCCCGCAUGCGAUGAAUCUCGAUUUGCCUCUGGAUCUGGAUUGUCACAACAGACUUGUGGAAUGGGCAACGACCCAAACCAAUCUCCUUACGGUGGAUAAGCCCGAGGAGACCGCAGAAUAUGUCGACACCCAGGCCUCUGAUACAGCCUGCGGCAUUCCACAAGGGGUUUAA